AUGGCGAAGCACACGGCGGCGAUGAAAGUAGGACUGGCUUUGUUAGCGCUUAGCUUGAUUGGUUACAUACUUGGUCCACCGCUCUACUGGCACCUCACCGAAGCCUUGGCUGCUUCCGCCACUUCUUGCUCUCCUUGCGUCUGCGACUGCUCUUCUCUGCCUCUUCUCGCCAUCCCCAGAGGACUCAGCAAUGGAUCUUUUGCUGAUUGUGCAAAGCAUGAUCCAGAGGUGAACGAAGACACAGAGAAGAACUACGCCGAACUCUUAACAGAAGAACUGAAGCAACGUGAAGCAGAAUCGAUGGAGAAACACAAAAGAGUAGACACUGGUCUUCUAGAGGCCAAGAAGAUAACAUCGUCUUACCUGAAGGAGGCAGAUAAGUGCAACUCUGGCAUGGAGACUUGUGAAGAAGCAAGAGAGAAAGCGGAAAACGCUCUUGUGGAGCAGAAGAAGCUCACUUCUACGUGGGAAAUGAGAGCUCGUCAAAAAGGCUGGAAAGAUGGAGCCACCAAGUCGAAUGUUAAAUCCAAAAGCAGUGUUCAGGUUUCUUAA